AUGGCAGCUCUCGCCAGCUCUCUCAUUAGACAGAAACGGGCGGUCAAGGACGACCAAACCAACCGACCGGUAGCCAACAAGCGCAAGCCCUGUCCUAAGAGCAACAAGUCCUUGUGCCAGAAACAGAUCCUGGUGCUGAUCUCCAAAGUACGACUAUGCGGGGGUCGAAAAGGUCGAAAUGAGAAAAGACCGGUGAAGAGGCAGAGGGAUGUGUGUACAAAACCCCCCCUUUUGUCCAUGGGGGGGAAAAGGAUAGAGCCACAGCUAAAAGGCAUUGUUACUCGGCUAUACAGCCAACAUGGAUACUACCUGCAGAUGCAGCCUGAUGGCACCAUGGACAGCACAAGGGAUGAAAGCAGCUCAUUUUCACAGUUCAACUUAAUUCCGGUGGGACUGCGGAUUGUGGCAAUCCAGGGGGCAAAGACAGGAUUAUACCUUGCCAUGAAUAGUGAAGGAUACCUCUAUACCUCUGAGCACUUCACUCCAGAGUGUAAGUUCAAGGAGAGUGUGUUUGAGAACUACUACGUCACAUACUCCUCCAUGCUCUAUCGCCAGACCCAGUCUGGCCGCUCCUGGUAUAUCGGUAUCAACCGUGAUGGGCAGGUCAUGAAGGGCAACCGAGUAAAGAAGACCAAAGGAGCUGCACACUUCCUGCCUAAAGUUAUAGAGGUUGCGAUGUAUAAGGAGCCAUCGCUUCACGAGCUCGCCAGUGAACCAGUGAGUCCUCCUCGGAAGACAGUGAAGACGUCAGACUCGCCGUCCCUAAAGAAUGGACGGAAAGAAGCUCCCAAGGCUGAUGCCUCGUAG